AUCGGAGUGACGAUUUUCCUGGCUCUGGUUGUUGGAGUCAUAUUUUUUGGAGUGAAGGAUAAUUCGAGCGGCAUUCAAAACAGGAUAGGCGUGCUCUUCUUCAUCACCGUCAAUCAGUGCUUCAGCGCUGUUUCUUCAGCUGAACUCUUCAUCGCAGAGAGGAAUCUGUUUGUGCACGAGUACAUCAGCGGAUACUACAGAGUGUCGGUGUACUUCCUGUCUAAGAUCCUGUCUGACAUCCUGACUCUGCGCACCAUCCCGGCCUUCAUCUUCAGCUGCGUGGCGUACUGGAUGAUCGGACUGAAGGCGUCUGCCGAGCCGUUCUUCAUCUUCUUGUUCUCCAUCAUUCUGGUGUCGUACACAGCCACGUCCAUGACUCUAGCCAUCUCUGCUGAUCAGACAGUGGUGGCCAUCGCUAACAUCUUCAUGACCAUCAGCUUUGUCUUUAUGAUGCUUGCCAAAGUGGAGGUGAGGCUUUCUCUCCGCAUCGCUUUAGUGUAUUCAACCCGAACUUGCUGUUCAACAGGCGAGGGCUUUCUGAGCGCUCAGGGCAUUGAUUACUCAACCUGGGGUUUGUGGCAAAAUCAUUUGGCUCUGGGAAUCAUGACCUUCAUCUUCCUCAUCAUCGCUUACCUCAAGCUGCGCUUCAUCAAGAAAUUCUCCUAAACACAAGCUUGUGGUCUUCCUCACACACUCCGACAACAUCCACCACAUCCCACAGAUAUUACACGCACUGUUUCCCACUCAAACACCAUCGUAUGCUGAAGGAAAUCAUACAAACACAUCCAGUUAUGCUUCAGACACAAAUCAUGUGAAGCAUUGACAUUGUUCAGGUUUAUUGUUCUAAACUUUUCACACUAAAGAUUUGUAUCAGAAAUCUAGUUUUUUAUUAUGUUCAAAAUAU